UCGCGCGCGCCAUAUACCACCUUCGACAGUUCCAGUCUUGACCGGCGUGUGGAGGCCGUUCCCCAAUCGAAUCCUGAUGGAGCUGUUGCUCCCUGCACUAGUCUGGGAACGUGGAAACAGAAGGAGAAGGACUAAACAGGUGGUCAGAAACACACAGCUAACAAUGUCGUCCCUGGAUAAAAUGUGAAAGAUAUUUUGGUCUCAUCUCUUUUUAAGGAUACAAGAUUCAAUAACCAAAGAUAAUUCAUGUUUCGGCUGACUUUCAAAGGGAUAAUUUAUCCUCGGUUUUCCUCCGAAUCUGGGCAAGAUCUAUCGGAUAUUAAACUAUGAAAGUGACUGUGUGUUUUGGAAGGACUAGGGUGGUGGUACCGUGCGGAGAUGGAAAUAUCAAAAUCCAUAUUCUCAUCCAGCAAGCCGUCAUGAGAUACAAAAAAGCAAUUGCAAAGGAUGCCAGCUACUGGUUACAGGUUCACCGGUUGGAGCAUGGGGAUGGAGGUAUCCUGGACCUGGAUGACGUGCUGUGUGAUGUGGCUGAUGACAAAGACCGGCUGGUGGCGGUGUAUGAUGAACAGGAACCUCACCAUGGUGGCGACGGCACCAGCGCCAGCUCAACGGGCACCCAGAGUCCCGACCUGUAUGCCACCGAGCUCAACACAAGCAGCGUGUCUGCUUUCCAGCCCUACCAGGCCGCCAGCGAGAUAGAAGUCACUCCGUCCGCCCUCCGAACUAAUAUGCCCCUCCAUGUGCGUCGCAGCAGUGAUCCAGCACUGGCUACGGUCAACGGGCCAUUCAGCGACCCCCGUGUGACCCUGCCGCCAGAGGAGCCGUCCAGGAAGAACCCCACCCGCUGGUCCACCACAGCUGGUUUCCUCAAACCACGACACUCUGUUGGAGACACCAGCACUGAAGCCAACAGCCUGGAGAGAAAGGGUAAGGUUGUGGACACGUACCGUAGUCUCCCCCGUGACUCAGGGACCUGGGCAAACCAGAGAGAGUUCCAGAGAGAGACGGCCCGCUCCUCCCUGAGCGCCAACCACCCCAUGGUAGACCGCUGGCUGGAGAGACAGGAGCAGGAGGAGGGGGGGCACGGGGAGGAGGAGAACGGCAGGAUCGAGCCGGUUGGCCGAGCUGACUCCUGUAUGGCCCACACCCCUGUGAGGUCACUGGAUGACAUUGUAAAGCUGGUAGAAGUGUCCAAUGACGGCGGGCCCUUGGGGAUCCAUGUAGUGCCUUUCAGUGCCCAGGACCGCAGGACUCUCGGCUUGUUGGUCAAGCGCCUGGAGAGGGGAGGCAAGGCGGAGCAACAUAGUCUGUUCCGGGAGAAUGACUGCAUCGUACGCAUUAAUAAUGGAGACCUGCGAAACAUCCGCUUUGAACAAGCCCAGAACAUGUUCCGCCAGGCCAUGCGUUCACCAGUCAUCAUGUUCCAUGUGGUUCCCAACCUGAUGAAGGCCCAGUACGAGCAGCUGUCGCACAGCGAGAGGAACCCCGACGUGGCGUACUCCUCUGGAAGCUUCAGCCCUGACUCCCUAGCCAGCGAGAGAAGCAGCACAACCUCAGGCCUGGACCACACCCCACAGAGGAUGUCCCGUGGUCCCCACCCUCACCAGCACCCCGAGCAGGGUGACGCCUACACCUCUCUACCUCACCCCCAUGGGCUUGCCCAUGGGGGCUCCAUGGGCAAGCCCCCAUUAGGCCAUGCCCCUCCAGGCCGCACCCCCUCCCCUCACAGGGUGCUAAACUCCACCCCCACGGCGGGCUUCACCAAAAAGGUCGGCAGGAGACUGAACAUCCAGCUGAAAAAAGGUCCGGAGGGUCUGGGUUUCAGCAUCACAUCGCGUGACGUCCCCAUCGGUGGCUCGGCGCCCAUCUACGUGAAGAACAUCCUGCCCCGAGGAGCUGCCAUCCAGGACGGACACCUCAAGGCUGGAGACAGGCUGCUGGAGGUGAACGGAGUGGACUUGGUUGGGUUGACCCAGGAGGAGGUGGUCUGUCUGCUGAGGGCCACGCCCAUGGGAGGGGCUGUGGGGCUUGUGGUGUUACGACAGGAGGAGACCUUCCUGCCCAGAGAAGUGAAUGCAGAACCCCAGAUGCAAAGCCCCAGAGAUUUGAAGAUUGAGGAGGAUGACCUGGUGUUGACCCCGGAUGGUACCAGGGAGUUCCUGACCUUUGAGAUCCCUCUGAGUGACUCCGGGUCGGCGGGGUUAGGGGUCAGCGUCAAGGGCAACCGCUCCAAGGAGAACCACUCUGACUUGGGCAUCUUCGUCAAGUCCAUCAUCAACGGGGGAGCUGCCUGCAAGGAUGGAAGGCUGCGGGUCAACGACCAGCUGAUAGCGGUGAACGGGGAGUCGUUGCUAGGCAAGACCAACCAGGAAGCCAUGGAGACGCUAAGGAAGUCCAUGUCGGUAGAGGGCAACAAGCGGGGGAUGAUUCAGCUGAUUGUGGCCAGGAGGGUCACUAAACGCAACGAGUUGGAGGCCUCUGGGAGCCCCCUGGGACCGGAGCAGACCCUCAACUCCACCCUGCUGGACGACCGGGAGCGUCGUAUCUCCCACUCCCUGUACGGAGGCAUAGAGGGCCUGGACGACAACCUGAUGCCGCGGCAGACACUAAUGGGCCGAAUGAUGGGUAACUACCAGCUCUCCCCUACAGUCAACAUGCCCCAGGACGACACAGUCAUCAUCGAAGACGAUAGGCUGCCUGUACUUCCUACCCAUCUCUCUGACCAAUCGUCUUCCAGCUCACAUGACGACGUGAGGGUCCCUCCCCCCUGGGCCAAAGAGAUUCAAAUUCAGAAUGAGAGCCCUCUGAGCCCUGAUGACACUGACCCAGACGGAGCCUUUCAGAGGGAGGGCUUCGGCAGACAGAGCAUGUCUGAGAAACGGACAAAGCAGUUUGGAGAUGCCGGUCAGCUGGAGAUCAUCAAGACACGCAAGUCCAAGAGCAUGGAUCUAGUAGCCGACGAGAUUAACCUCACCCCUCGCAGAGAGAACACACCAGGGUCUUCCACCAGGGACGUGGGUCCUUUCUUAGGCCUCAAGAAGUCCAGCUCUCUAGAGAGUUUACAGACAGCCGUUGCCGAGGUAACGCUGAACGGUGACAUGCCCUUCCACAGGCCACGCCCACGCAUCGUCAGGGGGCGGGGCUGCAAUGAGAGCUUCCGGGCUGCCAUCGACAAGUCAUACGACAGGCCAGCCGCUACAGAGGAUGACGAUGAGGACAUGGAGACAUUGGAGGAGGACACCGAGGGGAGCUCUCGGUCCGGGCGCGACUCUGUGUCCACCGUGGCAGAUCUGACGCCACUGCCUAACACCGAGAGACCGUUGGUCAACGGCAACCACACGGAUGAAGACGAGAAGGACAAGGGAGGGAAUGACAAAAAGAAACAGAAGGACAAAGAGAAGGACAGCAAGAACAAGGCUAAGAAAGGCAUGCUGAAAGGCCUGGGAGACAUGUUCAGGUUUGGUAAACAUCGCAAGGACGGAGAGAAAAUUGAGCGUAAAGGGUCAAGCAAGUGGAGGCCGGAAGAGCUGCAAGCCUCAGAGGAAGAAACACUGAGGAUGAGACUGGAGCAGGAGAGGAUCCAGCUUAAGACCCGGGAGCUGCGGGAGCGGCAGGCACGGGAGAGGGACUACGCUGAGAUCCUGGACAUCAACCUGAGCCGAGACGAGGAGCACCCCUAUGCCGGCAUCGGGCCCCUGGACACAUCCCUGGGCAGCGGUCACAGCCGUCCCCAGAGCCCCCGAGACAACGACCACCACCACCAAGACUCCUCCCUCUACACACAAUUCGGCAAGGCCCGCAACGCAAACGGACGCCCUCCCUCCGCCGACAGCAACAGACUAGCGCCUAGCAACCACGACCGGAUACAGCGGCUGAGGCAUGAGUUCCAGCAGGCCAGGGAGGACGAUGACCCAGACGACCGGAGACGCACCUAUAGCUUCGAGCAGCCCUGGCAGAACACCACCAACACCGGUCCAAGCCCGUACCAGACAGACAGACAACAGACAGGCCGACACUCUGUGUCUGUAGAGAUGCAGAGACAGAGGCAGGAGGAGAGAGACGCCUUCCAACAGGCGCAGAGACAGUACAGCUCUCUGCCACGACAACCCAGGAAAAACCCUAGCUCCAUCUCUCAGGACUCCUGGGUCAAGGUCUACCCGCCGGGCGAGGGCUUCCAGACGACCAAGGAGAACCCUCGCUACUCCAGCUACAAGGGCUCCAGGAACGGCUCCCCGGGGGUGAGCAGUGUGAAUGCCCGCGUCUUGCUGGAGGCCCAGGAGCUGCUGAGGCAGGAGCAGAGACGCAGGGAGCAGAAGGCCAAAGGGAAGCAGCUACUACUAGCACCCCCGCAGGAGCACCACGGGAACAACACCUACAACGCCACUCCGUCAUACUCAGCUCACAUGGACCCUGUGUCGCCUAAGGGCCCCUAUAGACAGGACAUACCCCCCUCGCCCUCCCAGCUGGCCAGGCUCAACAGGCUGCAGGGGCCUGAGAAGGGGAGCCCCUUCUACUCCUGAGGGGAUAAGGGCGGGGAAGGGACAGGGCAGCCAAGAAGAGGCCACAGUUGGUGGCGACGACUUCAGGAGCUGAUUAGCUAUGAAUGGGGAGGCCCUUCUACUCCUGAGGGGAUAGGGACAGGAUGGGCCAGAGGUGCCAUAGUUGUGGACAAUGUGAAUAGGGAAUGCACAGUGAGUGUUAGUAUUAAUGGCCUCUUAGUGACCUCCAUUCAGUCCCAGUCAGUCCUGUUUCCUCACACAGACUGUUGUUAAAUGAGACUUUCAGUGCCUCCUGUGUUCAUGGACAUGAUGCUUUCUGGGGUAGUAGUGGUGUUGUGGGAUUCAUAGACAUCUGUCACCCUCACGCUCUGACAAUCAUACAGGCAAACAGAUGUUUUUUCAAACCAUGGAGGUGUGUGUGUGUGUGCGCGAGACUGUUUUAAUGUAUGUAUGUGCGUUAUGCUAGUGUGGUGUGGACACUUACAAGGUCGCCUGGUUUUGUUAAACCAUGGCUCCUACUUGACCUGCCCUCCCCUGGACAUGAACCUCCCCAUAGUUGGUAGUACACGAACACGUCAAAACAACAACGCUGAGCUCUCACUAUUCUAUUUCUCUGUUUUCAUCCUUUUUUUCUUUACUUCAGUAGUCACCAGUGGGCUAGAGAAAAGAGAGGGAGUGUGUAAAAGGAGGGGGAGCAUAGCACUGGUUAUUAAUGAAGGACUCUCAUAAAUUAUUCAUGUGUGUGCCAUCUCCAUGGAGAGAGAGAGAGUCUGAUCCACUGCCUGGCCUCUCUGCUCUGGGCACGGCUAACCUGGCCUGCCUGUCUCUGGCUUCCUCCUCUCCCUCACCACCACUUUCUUCUCCUUCUCUCCUCCUCUUUCCCCUAUCCUCCUCCCCCUCACCUCUUUCACCUCCUCCUCUUCCACCUCUCCUCCUCCCCCCCACCACCCCUUCCACCUCUCCUCUUCCCCCUUCCACUCCUAGUUCACCUCUUCUCCUCCCCCUCACGUCCUUUUCCAACUCUUCCCCCGUCAACCCUGCACUGAAUUUUGCAUCACAAGCUGCCUGCCACAGCCAAAGAACAGAACACAGCACCUAGAGGCUGCUGUGUAGUGGAGGGCCACACCACAGUUUCUCUCCUGCAGAGAGACAAUCGGAGUACCGACUCAAGAUUUAGGUUCUAUCUUCCCUUGUUCAUAAAAAAUAAAUAGUGUUUGAGUGGUAAUUGCUUUCAGCUGCCGUAUAGCGGAGUACUAGUGAGUCGCUCUCCUCUUGUAAAUAUUGGACCUUUAAUGUAACGAUGCUCUGAUGUCUAUGAAAUGUACCAAAUGGUGGAGAUGAAUUUCAACCGAACAAAGGAGAGCACAAAAAAGAUGAAAAAUCUAAUGACUGUGGUACGUACUCUGUGUGUCGCCUCGUGGUAUACUAUAACAGAACAGUCUGGCACCUCACUGCUUUGGAGAUGUGCUUCAGUGUUCUCCCUAUGCCAAUUACAGCCAUACGAAAUGCAUUAGCUUCCAUUUGUGAGUUAAUACAGUCUGUGUCCCAAAUGGGACCCUACUAUCUACACAGUGCACUACGGGCCAUGGUCAAAAGUAGUGCAUUAAAUAGGGAAUCAGCUGUUGAACACGUCUAACAUGGAAAUAAGACUGUGUUCUGUCCUCUGUACUGCAGUACCUUGCCAAUGUCUGCAGUCUGGUUGGAAUCUGUUGUAUGGUGUCCAUUGCUAGCUUAGUUCCAGAUCUGUCUUGUUAAUUUCUAUGGUCGUUAUAGUUAACAAGGGUGUAGGCAGAAGUUCCCCAGGCUAUGUUGCUGAUCUUAUGUCAGUUUUUCAUUUUCCUCACUAAAUGGUUAAGGUUAGGAUUGGGGGGAGGGGAAGCUGAUCCUAUAUCUGUACCUAGGGGAAACAUCACCCCAGAGUAGUAAAUAAGACAGGGCAAAUAGAUCUGGGAUCAGGUGGACCAUCUGAACACCACUGGCUAGGUUGACAGUUCAAUAAUAAGUGCCUGAGAUGCCAUGCAGUUCCUGAAUAGGGAAAACAAUGUGGAUUGUUCCUUGUUGUAGCUAAAUAGACACAACACCAUCACACCAUGUGUUUUUAACAUAAUAUUAUCAUCUCUACAGCACAUUAUGUGUUUUGAUUGUUUUGGGACUUUUUUACAGUGAGAGUUCAAAUAAGCCUCUGCACAGCUGAUCAGUGUAUUUGUAUCCUGUCUGUUUGACAUUGCCUUCACAAUGCUGUACGUAUCAUAAUGUUUAAAGUAUAAAGCUAUUGUAAGCACAGUGCAAUUGUUUUUCAGACUUUGACAUGAUAUGUUUAGACAUGUAUACAGACACGUUUCCUGUACAUAUCACAUUUAGAAUAAAAGGAAGGCUGUUUCAUCCUGUUUACAACUAUC